AUGGGGGACUUGUACCAGCACCCGUACUGGGAUGGAGGUGCCCGGAGAGACGACCUCGCGCCGAGCUCUAGCCGUAGAGCAUCCGUGCCAGAUCCCUUCUGUUACUCUUCUAGAGAUCCGCCGGGCCCUGACGCCGCAGUGGGACCCUUGUGCGUAGCAAGGUCCCCAUCCGGGUGCUUUCUUGCCAUGCUUGCCUCCAAGUGGGUGCGGGUGCCGGAGGCCGACGCUGCUAGCCGGGGUGAUGUGCCUCGCAGAGGACGUGCUCAAGCCGCUCUCUCUGACCACCUCCUGCUUUGGGUUUCCUUUCAGAUCGAUGACAUCGCGGACGGAGCUGUGAAACCCCCACCGAACAAGUACCCCAUCUUCUUCUUCGGCACCCACGAGACCGCCUUCUUGGGCCCUAAAGAUCUCUUCCCUUAUGAAAAAUAUAAAGACAAAUAUGGGAAACCAAACAAGAGAAAAGGCUUCAACGAGGGAUUGUGGGAAAUCCAGAACAACCCUCAUGCCAGUUACAGUGCCCCUCCGCCUGCGAGCUCCUCGGACAGUGACGUUCCUGAGAACGACCCGAUGGGGGGAAGCGAUGCAGGUGACGAUGAGGAAGACACUGCCAUGGCUGCAGUUGCCACGGAGAAAAUGGAAAGCGAUGAGGACUCGGAUCGAGGCAGCGACCACAGCGGGCUCAAGCGAAAAUCGCUGGCUAUGAAAGUGCCGGUGGCAAAACGGCCUCGGAAAUCCUCCAGUGAUCUGGAUCAGGGCAGCCCCUCUAUGACAGAAGAGGAGAACUCAGAAACAUCUUCUGAGUCAGAAAAAAACAGUGACCAGGACUUCACUCCUGAGAAGAAGCCAGUGGCCAGGGCUCCCCGGAGGAUGCCAGCAGCGGGGAGGAAGAAGAAGAAAGUGGAGUCUGGCUCAGACUCAGACUCCAAAGUAGACUCGGAUUCGGAAAUGGGAAACGCGACUGUGGACAUGACCAAGUCGGACUCCAACUCCGAUUCGGACUCGGAUGUGUCUGUGAAGAAGGCUCCGCGGGGCAGGAAGCCAGCCCAGAGCUGGGCUGCCCUCUGCCAAAACCCCCCUCCCAAGCCUCGUGGUAGGAAACCAAAGCCCGAGCGUGUCCCGACCAGCUCCAGCAGCGAUAGCGAUAGCGAUAGCGACGUGGACCGCAUCAGCGAGUGGAAGAGGCGAGAUGAAGAACGACGGCGGGAGCUGGAGGAGAAGAGGAAGAGGGAGCAGGAGGAAGAGAUCCGUCGACUCCGGGAGCAGGAGAAGGAGGAGAAAGAGAAGAGGAAGGAGAAAGCGGAGAAGGGCGAGGAGAUGCACUCAGACUCAGACAGCAGUGCGGAGGAUGAAGUGGCCAAAAAGGGCCGGAAAGGUCGGGCCAAGGCCCCAUCGUCCUCGGACUCUGAACUGGAGCUGGAGAAAGAGGUAAAGAAGCCGGCAAAGAAGCAGCCCUCGGAGUUGUCAAGGAAACCGAAUCAGAAGGAGAAGAGGGGCCGAGCAGAGGAGAAACCUCGGAACAAACCUUUGAAGGUGGAACGAGGCCGGAAGAAAUCUGAUCUGAUCCCUGAAAGGAGGAUGGAGAAGAAAAAGGAGCCCACAGUUGAAGAGAAACUUCAGAAACUUCACAGCGAGAUCAAGUUUGCCUUGAAGGUGGAUAACCCGGACAUCAAGCGGUGUCUGAAUGCGCUAGAGGAGUUGGGCACGCUCCAGGUCACCUCUCACAUCCUCCAGAAGCACACGGAUGUGGUGGCUACGCUGAAGAAGAUCCGUCGCUAUAAAGCAAACAAGGAUGUGAUGGAGAAAGCUGCUGAAGUCUACACCCGGUUGAAGUCACGUGUCCUGGGACCAAAGAUGGAGGCGAUCCAGAAAGCCAACAAAGCCGGGCCUGAGAAGGACAAGGGCGAGGCGGAGAAGGGCCAGGAGAAGCUGUCAGGAGGGGAGACACGGAAUGAGAAGGGGGAAGAGGAGACGAAUGCUGACUUGUCAGGUCCUGUGAAUGGUGAAUCCCUGUCCCAAAAAGCGGAGGGCACAGAGGAGAAGGACAAAAGCCAAGGGCUGGGAGCCGGAGAGCCAGAGGCGUCUGCCGAGGAGACCCACAACAAGUGAGCGUGCGAGGGGCAGAGCUGGGACCUCCCCUGGAUCUGGUGCACCUCCAAGCUGGGCUCACACAUGGAUGAUUUGGGGGGGUCUUGUGG